AUGAGUCAAUGCUCAAUUCUCGAGAGACUUUCCGCUCUCGACACCAACACAGUAUCCGAUGCUCUCGACUUCCUCAACCUCCAAGGCGCCACAUACGGCCUCCGACCACUCUGGAACUGCCCAAAGAUCAUCGGACGCGCCAGUACUGUCCAACUUGGCCCGAAGACUGAUACCGCACCAACGACUCAUUUGAUAACACCCGUGAUCAGCGCUGUCACAACUGAUGACCGCAUUUUGGUCAUCGCCGGCGGUCUGGACGGAAUCUCAUGCUGGGGUGAUAUCAUCGCCAACGCCUCGAAAGUGAAGGGCAUCCGUGGAACUGUCAUCGAUGGCAUGAGUCGUGAUAUCGACGGCAGUCGGGACGUUGGGUAUCCCGUUUACGGCCGGGGUGUCACUAUGAUCAGUGCCCGGAACCGCAUGGUGCAGGUUGAUUCUGGGAUACCCAUCCAGGUGCGUGGUGUGACAGUGAAGCAGGACGACUAUGUUAUCGCCGAUAACUGCGGGACAGUAUUUAUCCCUGCUGAACGCAUGGAGGAUGUUCUUGACCUGGGUGAGCGUAUCAAUCGACGACAGAAUAUUAUGGUUCAAGAGGUUCGGGCUGGCAAGCCUGUUUCCGAGGUAAUGCAUGACACGAAGUUCGACGCUAUCAACAAGGCCCAGUCUUCGCAGGAACAAGGCAGUUCCGAAGUGGUGCCCACUUUCAGAGGGAAUCCCAAGAGAGCUUCUGCCGAGGACGAAGAACUAGUAGCCCUCUUCGCAGACUCAGACACACCCGGCGUCUCCGAUGCCCUGGAUAAACUGGGUAUCCCGGGACAAGCCUUCAACAUCAUGCCCUUGACCGACUACAAAAAGGUCACCGUCGGACCUGCAUUCACCGUUCGCUACGUCCCCGCCAGCAAUCCACCCGGCAGUGUGGGCGAUUUCAUCGACGACGUUGCUGUCGGAGACGUGGUGGUCAUCGACAACGGCGGUCGCACGGAUUGUACCGUUUGGGGCGACAUCAUGACUCAAUACGCCGGUCUGAGGGAUAUUGCUGGAACCGUUAUUGACGGUGUCUGCCGCGAUGUCAACCGCGCUAUCGAUGAUAACUACCCUCUAUUCACUGCUGGUCGUUGGAUGCGAACUGGCAAAGAUCGGGUGCAGGUGGGAGGUGUCAAUGAGUCGGUUGGUAUUGGAAAGGUCCGAGUCGAGCCUCGAGAUAUCGUUGUUGCUGAUGCGAAUGGUGUGGUCAUUGUGCCGAGGGCUCGUGCUCGUGAGGUUGCUGAGGUUGCGCGGAAGGUUGAGGAGAGUGAGGAUGGGAUUCGUGAGAUGAUUGCUGGUGGAGCGACGAUUGCUGAGGCGCGGGAGAAGCUUGGUUAUCAUACUCUGCAGCGCAAGGCCUAG